CUUCCGCUACCCCAGGGCCCGAAUCCCAUCGAUCUGCUCGGCCCCCCUCCCUAGGCAGGGCCGGAGGGGGGCGAUAGGAUCUCCACCGUGGUGGGGGAAACACUCCUGUACCCCACGGAUGGCCGAUUCGGCCACGUCCGCCUCGGGCCUUCCCACUCUGAGCGCAGUGCUGGGGAGCAAACGCCCUCCCCUCCUUCCGGAGCGUGCUUUUCCUGGAAACUGAAGUUCCACAAGCAAGGCCGGCAGGACAAGAUGAAGCUCAUCAUCCUGGACCACUAUUCUCAGGCCAGCGAGUGGGCCGCCAAAUACAUCAGGAACCGCAUCAUCCAGUUUAACCCAGGACCAGACAAGUACUUCACCCUGGGGCUCCCCACUGGGAGCACCCCACUUGGCUGCUACCAGAAGCUGAUUGAGUACUAUAAGAAUGGAGAUCUGUCCUUCAAAUAUGUUGAGACCUUUAACAUGGAUGAAUAUGUGGGCCUUCCUCGAGACCACCCGGAGAGCUACCAUUCCUUCAUGUGGAACAACUUCUUCAAGCACAUUGACAUCCACCCAGAACACACCCACAUUCUGGAUGGGAAUGCAGCUGACCUGCAGGCUGAGUGUGACGCCUUCGAAGAGAAGAUCAAGGCUGCAGGCGGGAUUGAGCUGUUUGUUGGAGGUAUCGGUCCCGAUGGACACAUAGCCUUCAAUGAGCCAGGCUCCAGUCUGGUGUCCCGGACCCGUGUGAAGACACUGGCCAUGGACACCAUCCUGGCCAAUGCUAGGUUCUUUGAUGGAGAUCUCGCCAAGGUGCCCACCAUGGCCCUGACGGUGGGUGUGGGCACUGUCAUGGAUGCUAGAGAGGUGAUGAUCCUCAUCACAGGUGCUCACAAGGCGUUUGCUCUGUACAAGGCCAUUGAGGAGGGAGUGAACCAUAUGUGGACCGUGUCUGCCUUCCAGCAGCAUCCCCGCACGGUGUUCGUGUGUGACGAGGAUGCCACCCUGGAGCUGAAAGUGAAGACCGUCAAGUAUUUCAAAGGUUUAAUGCUCGUCCAUAACAAGUUGGUGGACCCCUUGUACAGUAUCAAAGAGAAAGAAACAGAGAAAAGCCAGUCUUCUAAGAAACCAUACAGUGAUUAGCCUGUGCUAAUCCUAGUGUCAAGUAUCUCACUGGGACGGGCAGGUCUUUCUGGAAAUUGUCUUUAGGAAGACAAAAUUGUAUUUCUUUAAUCUAGUAUGAUUACUCCAGAUAUAUGGGUGAACUUAUUUUUCUUCACUCUGCAGUGCGGAGCCUAGUUGUGGAGUUUAGCUACAGGAGGAAUGACUUGUAAUUUAACUGGAAAAAAACAUCACUCCAUAAUUUUGGUGUCAGCUUCACAGAGUAGGGAUUUUUAGCUUUUUAUUCUGCCUCUGACACUGUUCACAUGUACACCACCACACUCCCAUCAGAAAUUUCCAUCAUUAUGUGCAGACUGUCACUUAGAGGGAAGAGGGGCUUGUUUUGGACAAAACUUCUUUGGAGAGGCUUUGAGAGCCCCUCUUGAGCAGGCCUGCCUCUUAUUUGAGAAUCACUGUUCCGGAUUAAGUAACAAACUCUAAAAUCAGUAUAAGGGAGGCAGUCCCUCUGGUCAGUAACAAGUGCCAUGGAAAGAAAACUAUCCCUUACUUUCUCAGUUGUUUUUCCUGGUCUCUCAGUUGACCUUUCCGUGAACUUUGAGGACUCCUUGGGGGAGGAUGUGGGUGGGUAGGGCUAAACAGAAGGCUUUGCUGAUAAACUCAGAGCCUCAAGGGGGCCAGGCCACGUCAAACUCCUCUCCACUCCUCUCCCUCAGGGACCCUCCAGCACUGGAAGGCAGAAACCCUUUUCCCUCCACAGCCCUGUGUUUUUGUUCCAAGGUCUCACUGUGGCUCUUCUUUUUUACAUACUCAAUAAGUAGGAGGUCCACUGGGGCAACAGACACUGCCAGAAUUUCAAUGUGGUGUCCAGCCAAGUUGAUGGGGGCCAGUUUAAGCAGCUCCAUUAUGAGUUUAGUCACAAUACACAAGUGUAUUCUGCUUCCUUAGGAGUUGAGUGACAAAACAACAUACCAAAUGUUUCUAAAGUUGCCUUUCCCCACCUAAAAAUCCCUGCCUUUCUAACCCUCUCAGGUUGGGGUGGCAUGCUCCAGUGUUCCCAGAACAUCAGGAAAUACAUUUUUGCUCCUUUCUUUAUCCUUUACCCUUUGUUCUCAAGAUGAGUCUACUGCUCUGCCUUCCUUUUACUCUCUCAAGCCUUCACGUGGAUGCUGCCUAUUUCUGUGCCUGUGUCAAGCUGCUGCUACUUGUUUCUGGGACAGAUCGUUCAGAGCCUGGCUCAGGCCUCUCAGUGCUGUGUUUGAUACCAGUGUUUCGUCGUUAGCUUUCAUACGUGAUUGCCAUCAUUUUGUUUUAAACUAAUGGCUUAAUGGAAUUGUUUACAAUGUGAUAAUUUUCUAUUAAAUUCGGUAUUUUCAAGUU